UUGCUUAGCCAAUAAUGUAGAAGGAACUGUUGUGCACAUCUCAGCUGGCAGACAUUUAAAAGGGAGACAGUCCGGCGCUGGAGCAAUUUGUAUUAAACCCCCUGGCCCCCUGUCUAUGGAGCGGUUAGUCUCCCACCCAUCCACAGUCCCGCCAGUGUACAGUCGACAACAGUAGGUGCCUAUCACCUCGGAAGGUGCCGUAGAGGACUGACAGGAUCAGAUCAUCGCACUUGUAGCAGUGGAGACUCCCACAGGAUGGCCAACUCAACGCGUAUCUUGUGCAGUAUGGUUUUCAUCAUGGGGUUGCUAUCCUCUCACGUGGAUUCCAAAAGAAACCGAGGUUCACAAGGCGCCAUUCCUCAUCCUGACAAAAGCAACCCAAACGAAUCGGAGCAGCAACCGCAGCCUCCGCAGGCGGGCUCCGGGUCCCGGCAGAGGCAGGGCUCAUCCUCACCGGCCGACGAGGUGCUGGAGUCCAGCCAGGAAGCUUUACAUGUGACUGAGCGCCAGUAUUUGAAACGGGACUGGUGCAAGACGCAGCCCCUCAAACAGACCAUCCACGAAGAGGGAUGCGUCAGCCGCACCAUCAUCAACCGCUUUUGUUACGGACAGUGCAACUCCUUCUACAUCCCCAGGCACAUCCGCAGGGAGGAGGGAGCCUUCCAGUCCUGUUCGUUUUGCAAGCCGAAGCGUUUUACCACCAUGACGUUUACUUUGAACUGUCCGGACCAGCAGCCACCCACCAAGAAGAAACGCAUCCAGCGCGUCAAACAGUGCCGCUGUAUAUCCAUAGACCUGGACUAAAGACGCACAGAAAUGUGUUGUGUGUGUGUGUGUGUUUCAUAUUCUUAUUCUUCGCGUACAGGAUUGUUUAAAAAUAGAAAGAAAGGCUGUCACACAGCCAAGAACACGUGCCUGUCUCCAUCUAGGAGGAAUCAUCAAUGAAGGCUUCCUACAUGUAGGUUACAACGAUUCUCUUCUUGCACAACGUGUGAACAAAUAUGGACAUGCAACUUAUAAACCGACGUUGAAAUGCGAUGAAUAUUUUACUCCUUACCAGUUUGGCAACACGCAGCAUCACUGCACGGGGACGCUGACUUGGAAUGGGCACGUUUUACGCACGGCUUCCUCACCCCAAGAGGACUGCAUAACCCUGGUUUAUUUAAUAAGUCACUGUUCAAAACGCAGGAAAACAUUCCUGCUCAGUUUUGUAUUUUUGAGUGCAUAUGUUUGUUUAACUCGAUGUUUCCACUGUGUGGAAUUUGAUGGAUGAGUGGCGAUAUUUGUAAAUUGAAAAUGUGAUUUUAUUUCGAUAUUUCAAGAAUCUUUCAAGGUUAAUUGAUGUCUGAAUUUCGAAGUCCAUCAGUUACGUUUUUUUGUAAGUUGGGUGCCUACUCAGUUGUAGAGACAAUAGGCUUCUUUGUUAGUUAAAACGGACAAUGUACAGUGGUGGUUUCUACAGUAUCAAGAUUGAUGUAACCGGUUUGUUUAUCCCUUUGAUUAAAUUAUCCAUGAAAACAUAAAAUAAAUGGAUUUUGGAAUUUU